CUUAUUUGUAAACGUAAUACAUACAUUGCUGCAACAGUUAAUAAAAUAGUAACAUGUAGCACUAGCACUUGAAUCUAAACAACAACACAGCACAGCAUCCAACCCUCAAUUCCCAAGUUAUACGAAACAAGGGACUCCCUAAACAUAAGGGCAAAUAUGCCCCAAGCCUCAUCUGCUGAGGUUGGGCGGGCCCGCAGUUUCGGUCCGGACACCGCGGCGCGUCGACGCACGUUACUUCUAUAACCGUCUUUCCCGCUUUACGAAACGCCAUGGAUCUGAUCAUUUAAUCGGACAAUGGAAUACACGUCACAAAUAGGUCGAGUAAACGGUGACGUAAUGACCCAAGCCCACGAGCCUCUCAACAUAAUGGACGGCACACAAGCUGACUACUCCACAAAGACCAAGAGAGGCAUCUAUCUCUCCAAGUGUCUCGCCUUCAUUAUCUUAGUGAUCUUCGCUCUAGCUCUGGUCACUGCUUCACUCUUAGUCUACAACUAUGCAGCAUGUCCAAAAAUUGACCAACUGGCGAACGUCACAAAAUAUGAACUAUGUCAUUGUGACCAAUCAAAACUGUUAGUGUUACCUUUAACGACAGAAAGCAGUAGAUCUGUCAUUCCUCUAGAAAGUUCAACUCACUCCUCUAUGCCAAAUAUAACAAACUUAUGGCUGCCAAAGCAAGUGAAACCAGAGAGAUAUUUUCUUAACAUAACCCCAUACAUUUAUGAGGGCAAUUUCACAUUUGAUGGAGAAGUUAUAAUUCAUCUAAUAGUGAUUGAAGAAACCAAAGAACUUACCUUCCAUGGUGUUGAAUUGACGAUACAUGAAAUCAAAAUCCAUGAGAAGGAUGACGACCAUUUGAUAUACAUAGUUAGACAACUUGAGGAUAUUCCGAGAAAUUUUCAUAUCUUGACCUUAGGAUCUUCGUUAGAAGUUGGAAAGCAGUACAUUUUAUCCAUCAAGUACACUGGUAUCCUAAACGACAAUCUACAUGGAUUCUAUCGAAGUUCCUACGAAGAGAAGGGAGUUAGAAAAUGGAUAGCAGUAACUCAGUUCCAGGCGAUGGACGCCCGCCGUGCGUUUCCAUGCUGGGACGAGCCAGCUCUAAAAGCAAGGUUCACCAUCAGCAUCGCAAGGCCAAACAACAUGACGUCUCUUUCUAACAUGAAUAUUGUUAGACAUAGUCCGCACGAAAUUCUACCAGACUACACAUGGGAUCAUUAUGCGGAGUCAUUACCAAUGUCUACGUACCUGGUAGCAUUUACUGUCACCGACUUCAAGAAUAUGACCAAUAAUAAGUUCUCCGUCUGGGCCCGAAGUGAAGCGGUACAGUCCGCAGCUUUCGCUCUGGAAAUAGGCCCUAAAAUACUUAAGUAUUUGGAAGAAUAUUACAAAAUUAAGUUUCCUUUGCCAAAAAUCGAUAUGAUCGCGUUACCGGACUUCAAAAAUGGUGCCAUGGAGAAUUGGGGGUUACUUACUUUUAGGGAAAUAUCAAUGCUAUAUGAGGAAGGCGUCUCAGCGAGUACAGACAGGGUACACGUGGCGACUGUGGUCGCCCACGAGAUCGCUCACCAGUGGUUCGGCAACCUGGUCACUCCAACUUGGUGGCGUGACCUGUGGCUCAACGAAGGCUUUGCUACGUACGUCGAGUACGUUGCUGUUAAUGCUGUGGAGAAAUCCUGGAACAUUACAGAACUGUGUGUCCUAGACAUAGUCCACAACGUGUUCCAAUUGGAUGCUCUUAACUCCUCACACCAACUGUCAGUGGAAGUUAGUGCUUCUGAGGAAGCUGAUGCUAUCUUCGACAAAAUUUCUUAUGGGAAAGGAUCAGCACUACUUCGAAUGUUGAACCACGUGUUAAAAAGCGAUGUCUUCAACGCCGGAGUAACGAAUUAUCUCAAUUCCAAAAUGUAUGGCAAUGCUGAACAAAGGGACCUUUGGAGUGCUCUCACUAGUGCAGCGCGGAAGACUGGGGACUUUGAUGCAGAUGUCGCUGUGGUCAUGGACUCUUGGACCCUUCAAACUGGUUUCCCAGUCCUCACUGUAACAAGAGACUACGAGAACGGCAGCUUGUUGUUCAAACAGGAACGUUUCGUUUUAAUUAACGACACAUUCGAGACUCAAAAGUCUCCAAUAUGGUGGAUCCCGGUGUCCUACACCACAGCUUCGGAGAAAGAUUUUGAAACUACACAACCGAAACUAUGGCUGAAGGGAGAAAAGUCUUUGACUGUCACCAAUAUUACGAUGAGACCCGAAGAUUGGUUCAUAGCCAAUGUGCAGCAAACUGGUUUCUACCGUGUAAACUACGAUUUACAAAACUGGAAGCUUGUAAUCAAGGUCCUUAAGGAUCCAGCUCGAUUCCAAGAGAUACAUAUCAUCAACAGAGCUCAAUUGGUGGAUGAUGCCAUGAAUCUGGCACUAACAGGUCGACUGGACUAUAGAACAGCAUUGGAUGUUACCAGCUACCUCGCUCACGAGAGAAGCUAUGUGCCAUGGAAAGCUGGACUCUCAGCUCUUGGAUACAUAGACACAAUGCUGUCGAAAGGAGCUCACUAUUUGGAGUAUGGGCAUUAUGUUCUUCGACUUCUGAACGAUGCUGUAAAGGAAGUUGGAUGGGAGGUGUCUCCCAAUGAGAGCGUCAUCACCUCGCAGUACCGAGUGGACCUUUUAGCUUCAGCCUGCCACUUCGAACACCCUGACUGCUUGGAGAAUGCUGUUAGGAUGUACACCAACUGGAUGCUUGCUCCCAAUCCUGAUUCAAAUAACGAAAUUCAUGUUGAUCUGCGUGGAAUAGUGUACUGCGUCGGAGUACGAGCUGGCGGCGUGAGGGAGUGGACUUUUGCAUGGGACCGGUUCAAGGUGGCAACUGCACCUUCAGAGCGACAUCGACUGCUGUCUGUACUGGGUUGCACGAGGUCUCCUUCAUUGCUUCAUCGGUAUUUAGAGAUGUCACUGCGCAACGACAGCGGUAUUAGGAAGCAGGAUAUCGUCCGUGUGUUCUCGGCGGUUGCUGGCACUGGCAUCGGACAGCCAAUAGCGUUCAACUACAUCAGAGCUAAUUGGCAACGACUUCGAUCAUUUGUUGGAUCCCUGUCCACGAUCAAUUUGAUUGUUAAACUGGUCACCAGACGGCUAAACCAGGCGCAUGAAUAUGAAGAGUUAAAGAGAUUCGUGAUGGAAUCCUGCAGUGACUUGGGACGUCCAGUUCAGCAAGUGUUGGAGACCAUCUCCUCAAACGUGCAGUGGAGGGAUCGGAACUACCAUACCAUCGUCGACUGGCUUCGGGCAGCGGAUCAAGCAGCUAAACUAAAUUAAGAUUAUUCUAGAACAAAAUAGUCAUUACCAUGACCCCAAUUGUACAGUAUAAUCAUUCUUCACAAUCUGAGUAAGUAGUAUAGAAAUUUUAUACUUACGAAAUUUGUGAAUUAAAAUAAAUUUAUGUUAUUAUUUU